AUGUCAAGGACCCACUAUGGCUCUUGUGUUGUUUUAUGGAUUUUUUCCUUAGUGGCAUGUAAGGUUCCAGAGGUUCGUGUGACCUGCAUCUUCUCUGGGGACUGUAUUCUUCCCUGUUCUUUCACGCCCACUAAUGGUGAUGUGAAGAUCCAGUGGUACCAGCAGGAGGCGCUCAUUCUCAGUUUACAGCAAGCGGGACAGAGGUCCAGUCGUGGCAAUGUGAGGCUCGUCAGCGACAGCAGCGUCUCUGAUGGCAACGCAUCGCUGCUUGUGAAACAAGUAGAUACGAGGAGUAGAGGACGAUACAAAUGUGUGGUCAACAAUGUAACUCUGACAUAUGUUGUUGCGACAGUGGAAGCUCCCAUCCGGUCGAUCUCCAUUGACAUCAAUCCCUCUGGGCUGAUUCAGUGCUCUACUAAAGAUGUCUACCCAGCACCGGUGGUGCAGUGGAGCACAGAACCCUGGUUAAGUCCUGCUGCUCUGCAGCCCAUCACCCGCAUGGCUCCUGGCGGAAAGGGCCUCUUUACAGUGGAGAGCAUCCUAAAACAGCAGAACAACAGCCUUGAUCAUAUUUAUGUGUGUGACAUCACCUCCAAAUAUGGCACACAGACAUGGACAGCUUCAUUACAGCUGCAAGAAAUUACCGGCUUUGAAGGGAAAGACCUGGUUAUUCCAUGUAAAGCUCCCAAGAACCUUCAGUCCUUCUCUCUCGUCUGGACUUUUACGGCAGCAAACAAAACCACAGAUAUCCUCACGUAUGACAGCCAGACACAUGAAUCCAGCAGCUCCUGGGAUCACGCAGAACUAGAGGAGGACAACGCAUUGAAGGGGGAUGUUUCACUAAGCCUGGAGAACCCUGGGUUAGAACUUUCUGGAAUCUACACAUGUGCCUUCUUAGAAGCAGAGACACGGCAUCUAAUACAGACCCGUGUUGUUAUUACAUCCUCCAGACAGGGAAAAGAUUUUCUUAAAUAUAAUCUGUGGAUAUUGGGUAUCGUCGCAGGAUUAAUCGCCCUUCUUGCACUCACUUUAAUUAUAAAAAGAUACAGAGUAAAAUCAAAAAGAAAUCAAGACAGCACUCAAGAGGAUGCGGAAAUGCAAAGCAUGAACCCAGACAAAACAUCAGAAGAGCCACAAGCAGGAAAUAAACUUAUGACACAGCCUUCAGGUUCUCACAGUUAGCCAUGGAAAGAAGAAAGAAGAAUAUUAUGAGAGA